AUGAAUUGGAAUGAAGCUGCGGACUCGUUCAGGGCCAAGGUUUUGAGAAGCGGAUUAUUUGAUCCACCUGUUGCUUCUUCGCUUAUUGCUCAGACACCCAACGAGCCUAGCAAUACAACGAAUGUUUGGUCCUCCUCUGUUGCAUCUUCCAGUCCCCAGUUUUUGUUUUCAAACAUAAGACGACCAUCAGAUCAGCAACAACAUUCUUUAUCAUCUGUUUCAUCAAAACCCGAGGACAUGAGCCUUCGUUUAACCCCGAAAUAUGAAAUGCCCCAUGUAUCUACUCCUCUCAAAGACAGCUUUUACAACAGAAGUAAUACGUUUACAUUAAAUACAGACAGAUCAACGACCCCAGAGGUCGAUCAUUUAAAAAACUCAUAUUUAUCCUUACGACAACAGGAAGAAGAACAAAGGAAGAAGGAAUUGAUUCUUGAGCAAGGAAAGCAUGAUCUACACAAAACAAUCAACAUUAGCCCUAGUCUUAUCUAUCCUAACUCCAGUUCCCCUUCAACGCAGUUUUUAAACCAUUCAAGCUCAAAAGAAACUGUGAUACCUCCUUCCUCUAUUCUUUCCUCCAGGAACCUCUUCGGAUCUAGACUUCAUGAACCUAAAAUCAACAACUAUGAUAACAUUGGACUUGCACGAGGAAGAAAAAUAGAAUUAAUCUAUGAACGAAAUUCACCGGAUGUUGAAUUAGUGAAACAAAGGAUCAAUGAAAGAGAGGUAAAAACACAAACCCCGGACUUUGAAAUAGAUGUAGCGACUCAAACUGAACUGUUUGUACCUUCGGAUCAUCAAAAAGAUAGUCCUAAACGGGUCAUCAAGAUUAAGGACAAGGGUACAACCACAAAUCUGGAUGAAAAAAGCAAAAUUACUUUUCCGACCAAUGAUGCGUCAAGCACCGAAUGGAUCAACGCACGAUUUAAAGUGGAAGAUCACCUUUUUGAACAACAGCAUGAGCCUAAAAAUUCACAAAAUGAGCUGAAGAGCACUCUUAAAAGUGAGCACGCAGAAACACAAACACCAAGUCCUUCAAAAAAGAAAAAGAAGAAGACAAAGAAAAAGAAACCCAAAUCAUACGAUUUAUCACAAUUUUUGGAGGAGUACGAUCUACCACAACCUUCGAUUAGCUCGACACCAAUUUCUGGUAAAGUUUCGUCCGGAACUCAAUCGUCUCCACAACUGGAUAACAAUGGAACACGGGAUGAGCUGCCCUCGCAAGGUGUGCCUGUGGACAGUUCUGUUUCCAUUCCAAUCAAUUCAGGAGAGUCUGAGCAUGCUAUUCCUCUUCAAAACGAAACAUCGCAAUUAUUUAAGGAGGAUGAGGAUAAAAGGCUGACUUGCGGUAAAAAAGCAUCAAUUUCCCAAGAGGAGGAUCUGUUAGACGAAGACAACGCUGUGCCUAUUGACAUUCUGCGACAUUCUCCAGAGAAGGUUGAACUGUCACUCACAAACACCUCAGCAACUGGCAGCUUAUUCGCGACUAGUCCCCUUCGAAAUACGAUAGGAGGAGAGAAUUCAGAGGACACUUCAAAAACUCCUUCAGCAGUAACUGCAAGCUCCGCAACAACGUACCACUCUGCAGUACAAGGUGUUAUGGGUACAGGAGUAUUAUCUUCAACUUUCGCCUCCUCAACACAAUCCAAUUCUACCUCAACAACCCUCCCCGCAAGUACAACAGCUCCAUCUUUACCGGUGUCGACAGAUGCUGGAUCAUCUACAGUACAAUAUGAGGAUGAAACUGACAGCGAUGAUGAUACGGGCGCAGGUUAUGUGGGUGGAUUAAACCAGCUCUCUUUGGGAGAUUCAGAGUUAACAACUCAAUCAUUGUCAAAUAGUGAUUUCAAGCAACAUGGUGAAGACGUCAUUUCAAGAAACACCACCAGCAAUACAACAACAAGCGAUGGUACGCGGUACUCAGAACCUUCAUGUUCUCAUCAUCAUGCUUUUUCUUCAGCCGAAACACAAGGUAAUGAACUUGGAUUACCUUUCUUGAACAAGGAAAACACCUUUGAAUCCGAAAACCCUCCUUGUUCAACUAGCAAGGAUGAAGAAAAUAAUGAAAGAAACUCGGUAACAGAGCUGGAGAAAACUUGCAAACCCACCGAGGAAUUACAGUCACAACAAACAACUGAACAUUUAAUAACAAAUGUCUGGAAAACAGAAUCUGAAGAGGAUGUCUCAAACUCAACCACUGUACUAGUUCAGUAUUACAAUGAUGAAAAAGAGGAAGAAGCUAUUGCACAGCUUUCAGAUGAAAGCAGCAAGCAUCAUAUCGUUUUGAACGGAAGCCUUCCACCAACAGUGGCAACAGCAAAUGAAUCUGAGGAAACCAUAAACAUCAGUACCCAAGCAGAGGUUAUUACAGCUAUGGAAGAGCCAAACAAAGGUAGUUCAGACCAGCCCAUCUUAGCCGUCGGUGAGGCAGACCUCAACGACAAUACACAUCCAUUCCUUGAUGAAACCCAGCACGAAACAAGCAAAGAUAACCAAGAUAUACUUGAGACUGCCCUUGAACCAACCACAUCAACACCUAUUACAGAAACGACAGAAAUUCUUUUUCAGUCAGGGAUGUUUAAGGGAGACGUUGAAAAUGGUGUACCACAUGGGAAAGGCUUAUAUUAUACAAAAGAUGGUACCAGUUAUGAUGGUGGAUGGAUCCAAGGCAAAAGAAACGGAAAAGGAAGACUGGAAUACCCUGACGGCUCAGUUUAUGAAGGAGAGUUUUUAAAUGAUAUGAGACACGGUCAUGGACACUACACAACUCCAAACUACGUGUACGAAGGUUUGUGGGCAAAUGACAAGAGAAACGGUCAAGGAAUGAUAGAAUAUGUUUUUGGUGACAAAUAUGAUGGCUGUUUUACAAAUAACUUUCCCGACGGCAAAGGCCAAUAUUGUUUCUGCGACGGAUCCAUUUAUACAGGAGAAUUUAAACAUGGAUGGAGGCAUGGAGUAGGUACAAUUCAAUAUGCUGAUGGUAUUACGAAAUAUGAAGGUGAAUGGGAUUGUGACAGAAGAACAGGAAAUGCAAAAAUUGUGUAUUUGGAAGGGGUGUAUACUGGUCAAGUAAAAGAUGGAAGACGACAUGGAAAUGGAUCAUUUACAUACUCAAACGGUGAUGUUUAUGAAGGACAUUGGGAAAAUGACAAGAAACAUGGUAAAGGAGUAUACUACUUUGGGUCAUUAAAGUCAGGAUCGUACUUUAGAGGUGAAUGGAAAAACGGAGUUAAGCACUGCACCGGCGUUAUGACGUCCACAAAAUAUAUUCCUAUGACGCCUCCAAAGAAGGGACUCAGACCUAUAUCCACAUCUUUCGAAGAAGUAUGGCAUGAAGGACAGCUAGCUCAAAAGAAAUUACUUUAA